AUGGAAGUACUUCCUUGUUCUGGUGUUCAGUAUGCUGGGGAAUCUGAUUGCCCUCAGCAGAGUUCAGGAACAGCUUUUGUAUGCCAGGGAGAACCUAAUUGCCUUGAAAAUGGUGAACAAGUUAAAUUGGAAGAUGAUCGACUGAAUGACUCACUACUUAAGAUGGAAGGACCUCAGAUAGAAAGGCAAGACCGAGUGCAACAGAUUGGUUGUGAACUCUUGACUAAUUCAGAUUGCCAAUGCAGUGGAGCUUCAUGUUGUGAUCGUCAAGUGGAAGACCAAAAGGAAUCCUGUAGUUUCCAUGAUGUUGAAGAUGAUGAAAUAAAUGAACCUUUCUUAACCUGUGAGAACUCUCUCUCAAUUGUGGAUAAUAUUGAAAGUGAAUCAGCAAAUAACAGUAGGGAAGGGGAGUUGUCAUUUUCUGAACCCACUUGGCUGGAGGGGGAUGAAUCUGUGGCUUUGUGGUGCAAGUGGAGAGGGAAGUGGCAAGCCGGCAUCAAAUGUGCAAGGGCAGACUGGCCAUUAUCAACUUUGAAAGCAAAACCAACUCAUGACCGGAAAAAAUAUUUUGUCAUAUUUUUUCCUCACACAAGGAAUUAUUCUUGGGCUGAUAUGCUGCUUGUUCGAUCAAUUGAUGAGUUUCCCCAGCCUAUUGCAUAUAAAACUUAUCAGGCAGGAUUGAAAAUGGUAAAAGACUUGACUGUUGCACGACGUUUCAUAAUGCAAAAGCUAGCCGUUGGCAUGCUUAACAUUGUGGAUCAGCUUCAUUCUAAUGCUUUGAUAGAAACUAGCCGGGAUGUGAUGGUUUGGAAGGAAUUUGCUAUGGAGGCUUCUCGAUGUGAUGGUUAUUCUGAUUUUGGAAGAAUGCUUCUAAAGCUACAAAAUAGCAUAGUUCAGGACUACAUAAAUGCUGACUGGAUAAAACAUUCGUCUUACUCUUGGGCUGAACGAUGCCAGAAUGUAAAUAGUGCUGAAUCAGUAGAGUUGCUGAAGGAGGAAUUAUUUGAUUCUAUUUUGUGGAAUGAUGUCAGCACUCUCCGGGAUGCACUGGUGCAACCAACAUUAUAUUCUGAGUGGAAAACCUGGAAGCAUGAUGUAAUGAAAUGGUUUUCCACAUUUCCUUCCUAUUCUAGCAACAAGGACACACAGCAGCAAACCGCUCAUAGUUUGUACCAAGUAAGCCUUCAGGUUGGUAGUAAAAGGCCCAAACUUGAAGUUCGUCGUGCAGAUACACAUGCUUCACUGGUUGAAACCAAGGAUUCGGAUCACUCUAUUACCCUUGAGACUGACCUAGGUUUCUUUAAGAAUCCGGACACAUUGAGUACAUUAGCAGCUGAGACUUCUAAACUGGAAGAUGUUAGGGAGGUACCUGUAGCAACUGAUUUACCUGGUAACUUGACCAAUAAAUGGAAUGAAAUUGUAGUUGAGGCUGCAGAUUCUGAGAUCUUGUGUAGCAAUGGAAUGGAAUCAACACCUAUGAAUGAAAUGUCUAGUCAAAAAUUUGUAGAACCUGAUACUAAGAAUAGACAAUGUAUAGCUUAUAUUGAAGCCAAGGGAAGACAGUGUGUGAGAUGGGCAAAUGAUGGUGAUGUAUACUGUUGUGUGCAUUUGUCCUCUCGUUUCUUGGGAAGCUCAGGAAAAGCCAGAAGACCUGUUUCAAUUGAUACUCCAAUGUGUAAAGGUACAACUGUUCUUGGUACUAGAUGUAAGCAUCAUGCCCUUCCUGGCUCUUCAUUCUGUAAGAAACACCGGCCCCAUGCUGAAACAGAUGAGACCUCAAAUUUAAGCCAUAAUCCACUAAAGAGGAAACAUGAAGAAAAUUACACUGGUUCAGAGGGAAUGAUCUGCAAAGACAUGGUAUUGGUAAAUGUUGAAAAUCCAUUGCAAGUAAAUCCAGUGUCAGCCAUUGAUGGUGAUUCCUUCCAUGGAAGAAGUAACUUAGAUGAGAAGCCCAUCCUUUUUGGCAAUGAUCAUAAUGCAAUGGAGGCACUUCAUUGUAUAGGCUCUCCUCUCUAUGAUAACAAGGACCCUUGUCUGCAAGCUCCAAGUCGGUAUUUCUUGUACUGUGAAAAGCAUCUUCCAAGCUGGCUUAAACGUCCGAAAAAUGGGAAGAGUAGAAUAAUAUCAAAAGAAGUGUUCACAGAACUUUUGAGGGACUGUUGCACAUGGGAGCAAAAGGUGCAUCUGCAUCAAGCAUGCGAGCUUUUUUACCGGCUAUUCAAAAGCAUUUUGUCGCUAAGAAACCCAGUUCCUAAGGAAGUUCAAUUCCAGUGGGCUUUGACUGAAGCCUCAAAAGAUAUUAGUGUUGGAGAAUUCCUUGCAAAGUUGGUACAUAGUGAAAAGGAGAGAAUCAAAUUGAUUUGGGGAUUCAAUGAUGACAUGGAUGUAUCCUCACUCAUGGAAGGACAAACUCUCUUUCCUCCCAUUGCUAAUGACUGCAUUGAUAAUGAAAAUGCCAUUAAGUGCAAGAUCUGCUGUGCAGAAUUUCCUGAUGACCAAACACUUGGUAAUCAUUGGAUGGACAAUCAUAAAAAGGAAGCACAAUGGCUGUUCAGGGGUUAUGCUUGUGCCAUUUGUCUGGAUUCUUUUACUAACAAGAAACUAUUGGAAAACCAUGUUCAGGAGAGACACCAUGUGCAGUUUGUUGAACAGUGCAUGCUUCUCCAAUGUAUUCCUUGUGGUAGUCAUUUUGGAAAUAUGGAGCAAUUAUGGAUGCAUGUUCUAUCAGUUCAUCCUGAUGAAUUUAAGCCAUCAGAAGCUCCUGAGCAGCAAACUUUGUCUACUUGCGAGGAUUCUCUGGAAAAAAUUGAUCAGGGAAAUUCAACUUCUUUGGAGAAUAAUUCUGAGAAUCCAGUUGGUUUGCGGAAAUUCAUUUGCAGGUUUUGUGGGUUGAAAUUUGAUUUACUACCUGACCUAGGGCGCCAUCAUCAAGCUGCUCAUAUGGGACGCAAUCUAGUUAGCAGUCGCUCUGCAAAGAGGGGAGUUCAUUCUUAUGCUUAUAGAUUAAAAUCUAGCAGACUUAGCCGUCCUAGAUUUACAAAAGGUUUGGCAACAACAUCAUAUAGGAUCAGAAGUAAGGCUGAUGCUAAUUUAAAGAGAUGCAUUCAGGCAGCAAAGUCACUAGACAUAGGGGAAACAACCAUACAACCUCAUGCAACUGAGAUAACAAAUAUUGGUAAAUUGGCAGAAUAUCAAUGCUCAGCAGUUGCAAAGAUUCUGUUUUCUGAGAUUCAAAAGACUAAACCUCGGCCUAACAAUUUUGAUAUUUUAUCAAUUGCUCGAUCUGCUUGCUGCAGAGUUAGUCUUAAAGCCUCACUGGAGGAGAAAUAUGGAAUUUUGCCUGAAAGGCUUUAUUUGAAGGCAGCAAAACUUUGUAGUGAGCACAACAUUCCAGUGAAAUGGCACCAGGAGGGGUUCAUUUGUCCCAAAGGUUGUAAGGUACCAAAGGACCAAAUGCUGCUUUCUCCCCUAGCAUCUCUUUCUAAUGGUUUCCUUAGGCCAAAAUUUGUAAAUUUAUUGGAUCCUCCAAGUGAUGAGUUGGAGGUGGAUGAGUUUCACUACAUCAUCAGUUCACACCAUUUAAAUUUAGGGUCCGUAGUCUUAUGUGAUGACAUAAGCUUUGGGAAGGAAUCAAUUCCAGUGAUUUGUGUAGUAGAUCAAGAAAUUCUAAAUUCUCUCCGUAGGCAUGGGUCCAAUGAGCAAGAUAUAAAUCUCUCUAGGCCGUGGGAGAGAUUUACCUAUGUUACGAAGCCAAUGCUUGAUCAAUCACUUGGUCUUGAUUAUGAGAGUUUGCAACUGGGAUGUGCUUGCUCAUCUCCUACCUGCUAUCCUGAAACAUGUGAUCAUGUCUACCUUUUUGAUAAUGACUAUGAUGAUGCAAAAGACAUUUUUGGGAAACCAAUCCGUGGUAGGUUCCCAUAUGAUGAGAAUGGCCGAAUAAUAUUGGAGGAAGGUUACCUUGUCUAUGAGUGUAAUCAUAUGUGCAGUUGCAACAAAACCUGUCCAAACAGAACAUUGCAGAAUGGAGUACGGGUUAAACUGGAAGUCUUUAAAACAGAGGAAAAGGGAUGGGCGGUAAGGGCUGGAGAGGCUAUCGUUCGAGGCACAUUUGUGUGCGAGUACAUUGGUGAGGUUUUAGAUGAGCAGGAGGCACAUAACAGGCGCAAAAGAUAUGGCAAAGAACAUUGCAGUUAUUUCUAUGACAUAGAUUCUCAUGUUAAUGAUAUGAGUAGAAUGAUUGAAGGACAGGCUCGAUAUGUCAUUGAUGCUACUAGAUAUGGAAAUGUUUCUAGGUUCAUCAAUAACAGCUGCUCGCCCAAUCUUGUCAAUUACCAAGUUCUUGUAGAGAGCAUGGACUGUGAGCAUGCACAUAUUGGUCUUUAUGCGAGUCGAGAUAUUGCUUUGGGUGAAGAACUGACAUAUAAUUAUCAAUAUGAGCUUGAGCCUGGAGAAGGAUUUCCUUGCCUUUGUGGAUCUUUGAACUGCCGGGGACGCCUUUUCUAG